AUCUACUUAUAUAUAAAUAAAUAUAUGUAUAUAUGAACAUUCCCAAAUAAAUCUAAACGCACACAAAAAGGUAUUCAGAUAUUAUACAACACAGUACGACGUCAUGGGCAAGGAUCAGGAGUUCCUGGAGGCAGCACGAAAUGGUAAUAUCAGUCAUAUUGAAAAGGUCUUGACUCAGAAGGCCAAACGGGCGGGUCCUUUGGCCAGCUUACGUCGUGGAACUGGUGUGAAUGUUCAGGAUAGUGGCGGCUACUCGGCCCUGCAUCAUGCCUGUCUGAAUGGGCACGAGGAUAUAGUCCGUUUGCUGUUGGCUCAUGAGGCAUCGCCCAAUCUACCCGACUCAAGAGGUUCUUCUCCGCUGCAUCUGGCCGCAUGGGCCGGCGAGACAGAGAUUGUUAGGUUACUGCUGACGCAUCCGUAUCGUCCGGCGAAUGCUAAUUUACAGACCAUUGAGCAGGAAACACCGCUGCAUUGUGCCGCCCAGCAUGGACACACAGGAGCAUUGGCCCUGCUGCUGGCCCACGAUGCCAAUCCUGGUAUGCGCAACUCUAGGGGAGAGACCCCCUUGGACCUGGCUGCCCAAUAUGGCCGGCUGCAGGCAGUACAAAUGCUGAUACGGUCACAGCCCAAGCUGAUUGCGCAUCUCAGUCCAGCUGCAGUGGAGAGUAGAUCGGGAACUGGUACACCAUCGUCUUCAUCGCCAUUGUCAGCGUCGCCCGUACGCAACAUUUUUCCGCACACUUGUCUGCAUUUGGCCAGCCGGAAUGGCCAUCAGAGUGUGGUCGAGGUUCUCUUAUCGGCUGGAGUCAGUGUCAAUCUACUAACACCCUCGGGAACAGCCCUCCAUGAGGCAGCUUUGUGUGGCAAGGAGAAUGUGGUGCGCACUCUCUUAAGGGCCGGUAUUGAUUUAUCCGCAACGGACAAUGAGGGACGCACUGCAUUGGAUAUAUUGAGAGAAUUUCCACCGCAUGUAACCAAACAUAUUGUGGCUGUGAUCAAUAAUUUUCGCAAUCAAAUGGAUACCGAUGACGGCGAUGAGGUCAUCUAUAGACAACACAUGCCAGGCCCUGCAUCGGGGCGUAGCCAAAGCAGCAAAUAUAAUCAAUCUCAGCAGCAACAGCAGCAGCAUCAUAGCAAUCAUUAUCACUUCAAUUCCAACAAUCAUUUGCUCAAUCACUCGCACUCAAUGCAGCAAUCUGCCUAUAGCAAACAGCGUCUGUCGGCGGGCAAUGGUGGACACUUCAAUGGUGGCAAAUCCUUGGACAGUGCCCUCCAGCCCACUGACGAUAGAAUCUACCAGGAUCUCAAUGCUCAUUCGCCGCUACAUGGUCAGAGUGAUCCCAUGGGUGGCGGAGUCAGUCCUUCAUCUUCAUUGAGCAGUUUCGAGCCAGCUUCUGUGUCGCCCAGAUCUCGUUGCUCUACUGGCGCCCCGGGAGGACAACCCCUGCACAUGAGCACUUUCGCUCCGGCUGGUCCACCAAAGAAACCUCCGCGCCGCAAUCUGGCUGUCUCGCCCACUCAUGCUGGUUCUGGACAGCAGUUUAGCUACAGUUCACCCUCUAGUCAGAGUCAGAGUCAUGGACACGGUGGUCAAGCGAUGUUACGUCGUCCACCAUCCUCUACGGAUAGUCCCUAUUCGCAUCAGAGUCAUGGCAGUGUGGGUGGCAUGAGCUUCGAUGAGACACAGCUGAGGGAGAGGCAACGUAGUGAUCGUCUCUAUGCCAGUGCCAGACAGAGUACACGAUCCGCCACAGUGGGUGGCAUGAGCCUUAGUUCUAGCAAUGAUAUGCUGGAUCGCCAAUGCAGCAGCUCGGAUUUGAAUAGUGAGACAAGUGUGCCAAAUUCCAGUGGCGAAUCGCCAGCCCCCACUUCGAAUGCGACAAAUUCAAUGAAAAGGCCUAUUCCAGCACCACGCAACUCCACGACCACAAAACUUUCCAAGGAGCUACUCAAAUCCUGUGAGAAUGCGGCACUCAAAUCGUAUAAUCCAAAUCGAAAACUAAAACGCAAUCGUAACAGUGGUUCGUCUAGUGUGGUUGAGAAAUCCAAUGGCGAUGGCGAUGAGAACUGCGAUGCCAAACAGCAAAUUCCUAGCAGUCCCACACAUUACAAGCAGCCGCCCACACCAGAUCAUCCACCGCCCAGUUCUAGUCAGGCAGAGCGAACGAUCCACGAGACAAUUCGUCCUCUCAGUCAGGAGUACAAAAGGCAUUCAGCCCUACUGCAGCUACAAGCGGCCCAACAGCUGAUGAUCGAGACGGGAUCAUCGCCAUCGAAACUAUUGCCCACACUGAGUACGCCUGGCUAUGAUUACGAUGAUACUGUGACAGUUGUGCCCCGUUGUCCGGCUCCAUCAUCCGGUUCGCUCAGCUCAAGCAUAUCUCUGUGCUCCGAUCACAGUUUGUCUCACUCAACGGAUUAUGUUGAGGAGUUUGUCAGCGAUGUUCCAUUUGCUGGCCUACUCAAAGGCGCCUCAGUGCAGCCAAAGAAUGACAGGGAAAUUGCGGAGCUAGUGAAACAACCACAACCUGGACGUGCGCGUCCUCCCAUCCCAAUCAAGCCAAUGAUACCAGAACGAAAAUUCAGCAAACUAUCACCAACCACACCCACCCAACAAUUGCAACAGCAGCAGCAGCCGCCACAACCACCUGUUGAGAUCACUGCCGAGGCCAAUGGUAAUCCACAGUUGCAAGAGGCAACUCCUCGCAAGUCUUCUACUUCGAAAUCAUCAUCGCCUGCCAAAUCGGCAGGCCGUUCUCCGGCCAAGUCACCGGCCAAAUCACCUGCUGGCAGUGCCCAUUCGGGCGGCCGCAAUUCCAAUUUAAAUCUGCUUAGUCCCUUCAAUGCGGAAGAGGCACGUAAAAAGAUAUCCGAGAUUAUUGAGAACUUUGGCAGUGGCAUUCUCAAUACCAAUAUAACACCUACACAUGAUAUUGAAUUGGAUUUCGAGGAUAUGGAAGUACCGCCAGAGCGCAAGGAAUUGGCAAUUCGUCUACGUCAAGCUGGAUUGCUACAUCUCGAGCGUAUGCUUUUCGAGAAUGGCUACGAUAACUAUAAAUUUAUGAAUAAUGUGUUUGAGGAACCAGACAUUCCCCUGCUACACAUUCCAGAGCGUGAUGCUCCCAAAUUGCAACGGUUCGUCCAGACCUUACCUCCAGCCGAAUUUCAGCCACAAGUUCAGGCACCACACAGCAGGACACAGCAGGAGAAUAAACAUCAAAGUGGUGUGGCCACCUUACAGCAAUGGCUCAAUAGCAUUUCUUUGCCGGAAUAUUUGGAAUUUUUCAACAAGCAUCUGUACAAUAGCAUUGAAAGUGUUUCCGAUGUCUGGGAUGUGGAACUGCAAACGGUGCUGGAAAUCAAUAAAUUGGGCCACCGAAGACGUAUACUACAAUCUCUGGCCUUUAUGAGACAAAUGCGUGAUUGUGAAUCAAAGUCCCUGAAGACGCCUCUGGGUGAGAACAACGAAACCAAUCAAAUGACAACGAACGGCAAUGGCAACACCACUAAUGGCAAUGGCAAUAACAGGGAUGGCGAUAAGACUAGUGCAAAAACUUCUGGCAAUGUGGUGCAUCAUCGAAAUUCCAUAACAGGUUAUCGCAAAAAUCGUCCUGCACCACAGCCACCAACUGCACCAUCUCCACUACAAAAACCUGUGAACCCAACUCAACCACUUCAUAUACGGGCACCCUCUGAUCUCCUAUUGGGUUUGCCUGCCAACUUACGCACCACCGAAUGGCGCCAUUCGGCCCAAACUCUGCUCAACGAGCACAUUAAAUACGAGGUCCAGUAUCUCGGCUCAACGGUUGUGAAAGAAUUGCGUGGCACAGAGUCCACAAAAAAAUCAAUACAAAAACUCAAAACCUCGGAGGAAAGUCAAAAAACUGGGGCUCCGCUCUCGCUGGCCAUAUGUCAUCGUGGCGUUGAAUUUAUCGAUGUGAUCAGCAAAAAAAUUAUUUGUGAACAUGAGAUUCAAAAUAUAAAUUGCGCCUGCCAGGAUUCAGAGGAUCUACGUCACUUUGCCUACAUUACCAAGGAGCAAGAUUUGCAUUAUUGUCAUGUCUUUAAAGUGGAAAGCACAGAUCUGGCCAGCGAGAUAAUCUUAACUCUGGGACAGGCUUUCGAGGUUGCCUAUCAAUUGGCGCUGCGCGAUGGAAUUGCCACAACGCCAGCGCUGAUCCUCGACAAUGGCAUGCUUCAGGGUGAAUUUUGUGGUGGCAAAUAGAGCCAAGAUGGGGCCACAGUUGCGGCCCAAACAUCGCUAACAAAAACCCAGACUUUGACUACAUCCAGAUCGAAUCAUAAUCGCAGUCGCAGCCUAUGCGCUAAACUAUUUUGCCUAACCAAUUAUGGGGCAUUGUUCAAGUUGUAAGUAGUUUAAAGGAAACUCAAAAAUCUAGUCUUUGAGCAUUUGACUUUUUUAUACAGACGGUUUUUUUGUAUGGCCAAAAAAGAAAGAAAAAACAAACAAAUAGACAGAAACAAAGAAACAAACAAACAAAAUAGAACAAAAAGACUUUUCACAGAAGGCACAAUUUUUGAAAUGAA